GCCGGCGGGCCGAGAGGCAGCGGGCGGGCGCGCGGGUGAGCGCAGAUGUGCCGGCGGCGGCGGCGGCGGCGCGGGGGGGCAUGGAGAGCCUGCUGGAGAACCCGGUGCGCGCCGUGCUGUACCUGAAGGAGCUGACGGCCAUCGUGCAGAACCAGCAGAGCCUCAUCCACACGCAGCGCCGCCGCAUCGACGAGCUGGAGCGGCGCCUGGACGAGCUCAGCACUGAGAACCGCAGCCUCCGCCAACAGCAGCCGCCGCCGCCCCCCGCCGCCCCGGCCCCGGCAGCCGCCGCCGCCGCCCCCGAGCCGCCCGCGGCGCCGCCGGAGCCGCUCCAGCACCACCGACAGCUCCCCGCGCCGCCGCCGCCGCAGCCGCCCAGCCGCGCCGGGCCCAGCGGCCGGGCGCCCCCGCAGCCGCCGGCGGCGGACAGGGACAGGGACAGGGAGAAGGAGAAGGAGAAGGAGGCCCGGGAGCGGGGCUGCUGCAGCGCGCUGCUGCCGCACAAGCCCCCCGCCGCCAUCGCCAAGGGCGCCCUGAGCCGGAGACCCGAGAAUGAAACUGUUUUACACCAGUUCUGUUGCCCAGCAGCUGAUGCAGAGCAGAAGCCCUCAUCUUCGGAUUCUUCACCAAGCGAUGACCCCUGCGGUUCCACCAGCAAGAAACCUGGGUGUGAAACGGAGGAUCCGAAGGAGGCCAGCAGACACGGCAGCCAGGAAGGCAGGUCCGACACCCUGACGCUAAAAGCCCAGCAUGCGGAGCUGCAGGAGGAGCAGGCCGCGGGGUGCUCCCAGCUGGUGCAGAAGGCGAGCCUCCACCACACGGGCUCCCCAGUGAGGGUGCAGCGCAGCAAAGGGACGGCCACGUGUUCCCACGCAGCUGCCUCCGAUUAUGAGCUCUCUCUUGACCUAAAGAAUAAACAGAUCGAAAUGCUAGAGCACAAAUACGGAGGCCAUUUGGUCUCUCGCAGAGCAGCCUGCACCAUCCAGACAGCCUUCCGCCAAUACCAGCUCAGCAAAAACUUUGAGAAGAUUCGGAACUCCCUGCUGGAAAGCCGCAUGCCCCGGCGCAUCUCACUAAGGAAAGUCCGGGUCCAGAACUCUGAGAGCUUCUCUGCUGAGAAAGCGCUGGUGGAAGGGUACAACUUUGUGGGCAUCCCCUUGGUGAGGUCCCCUUCUUUACCAGCCACCAUAAGUGGGGCGCUGACCGAACUCGAGGACUCUUUCACAGAGCAGGUCCAGUCCCUGGCUAAAUCCAUUGAUGAUGCCCUAAGUACCUGGAGCUUGAAGACCAUGUGUUCCCUUCAAGAUGGCAGUUCAUACCAGAUCAGAGAGACCUUCAGCGCAAGUUCGAUGCAGCCAAACCAGGACUUGGAAGCUGAAUUAAAGGACAAAGAGAAGGAGGAGGGUUUGCUGCCAGACACUUUGCCUAAGAGCAGCAGCACCCUCAUGAUGGCCUUCCGGGAUGUCACAGUCCAGAUUGACAACAAGAACAUCUCUGUCUCGUCAUCUACCUCGGUGUCCAUGGCAAACUGUCUCAGCAGCAACACCCAGGCGGGACUCUCUCAAGCAGCCAAAAUCGAAGAAAGCCCAGGGGAGGGGGAAAGAGAGGACAAAGAGACUCCGGCUGCCCAGGAGGGGUUACCUGAACCCAGAAUCCUCCAGAACAGUCACACCUUCACUGAGGUGAACGUCAACACCAACGGGAUGGAGGGAGGGGGACCAGAGCAGGGACAAAUGAUGGUGCAGAAACUCCAGUUUGACUCUAACAAUGAGACUGGGCAGAGCAAGGGCUCAGAGUCUGAAAAUGCGGACAACUCAGAGCAGCUAAGCAGCAGCAGCACUUCCACAUCAGCCAAGUCGGCGUCCGAGGUCUCUUCUAAGGAAGCACUGCAAGCCAUGAUUCUGAGCCUCCCACGGUAUCAUUGUGAGAACCCAGCCAGCUGCAAGUCUCCCACGCUUUCCACGGACACCAUGAGGAAGCGGCUCUACCGCAUUGGGCUGAAUCUCUUUAACAUAAAUCCGGACAAAGGGAUUCAGUUCCUGAUCUCCCGUGGCUUCAUCCCAGACACACCCAUCGGGGUGGCACACUUUCUGCUCCAGCGCAAGGGACUCAGCCGCCAGAUGAUUGGUGAAUUCCUGGGCAACAGCAAGAAACAGUUCAACAGGGAUGUCCUGGACUGUGUGGUGGAUGAAAUGGAUUUCUCAGGCAUGGAGCUGGAUGAAGCUUUGCGGAAAUUCCAGGCCCACAUCCGUGUUCAGGGAGAAGCCCAGAAGGUUGAACGGUUAAUUGAGGCCUUCAGCCAGAGAUACUGCAUGUGUAAUCCAGAUGUGGUCCAGCAGUUCCACAACCCAGACACCAUUUUCAUCCUGGCCUUUGCAAUCAUCCUACUCAACACAGACAUGUACAGUCCCAACAUCAAGCCUGACCGGAAGAUGAUGCUGGAGGACUUCAUCCGCAACCUGAGAGGGGUGGAUGAUGGUGCUGACAUUCCUCGGGAGCUGGUGGUGGGGAUCUAUGAGAGGAUCCAACAGAAAGAGCUCAAAUCCAAUGAGGACCAUGUGACCUAUGUCACCAAGGUGGAGAAAUCCAUAGUGGGGAUGAAAACUGUUCUGUCUGUACCACACCGCCGGCUGGUUUGCUGCAGCCGCCUCUACGAGGUGACCGAUGUGAACAAAGUGCAGAAGCAAGCAGCUCACCAGAGGGAAGUGUUCCUCUUCAACGACCUGCUAGUGAUCCUUAAGCUUUGUCCCAAGAAGAAAAGCUCCUCGACCUACACAUUUUGCAAGUCAGUUGGCCUGCUGGGGAUGCAGUUUCACCUCUUUGAGAACGAGUAUUACCCACAUGGCAUCACUCUGGUGACUCCAGUUUCGGGCUCCGAGAAGAAACAGGUACUACACUUCUGUGCUCUGGGUGCAGAAGAAAUGCAGAAAUUUGUGGAAGAUCUAAAAGAGUCAAUAGCAGAGGUGAUGGAACUAGAGCAGAUACGAAUUGAAUGGGAGCUGGAGAAGCAGCAAGGAGCAAAGACUUUUACGUUAAAGACCAAUGGGUCUCAGAUGGAACCACAGUCCAAACAAGGAUCUCCAGCAGGCAAGAAGGAUUUGGGGGAGAAGGUCUUGGACAGCACAGUGGAGGUGUCAAUUCACAACAGGCUUCAAACGUACCAGCACAACUCCGCCCUGGGGCCCGAGAGUGGAAUGCCGCCCAGCACGCGUCCUAACAUGCCACGGGAGAGGCUGGAGACAGCAUUGGUGCCCUCAUACCCUGCCACAGCGGGGACACUUGUACAGUGCCAGCAGAUUGUCAAAGUCAUUGUCUUGGACAAGCCGUGCCUCGCUCGUAUGGAGCCGGCCCUCAACCAGACUCUGACCCGCUACGUCACCUCUGAUUCCUGUAGCUCCACCCCUUUGCGCAGCGCAGGCAGCGGGCUCCAAGGGACCCCAGUGAAAAUCAUCCAUCAGCCCCCACUACCGCCUCCACCACCGCCCUACAACCACCCGCACCAGUACUGCCCCCCCAGCUCCCUGCUUCAGAGGCGUAGGUACUCCAGUGGCUCACGCAGCCUAGUGUAGCCACACCACCAGCACCAAACAGCACAGACUUUCCCCAGGACCCUUUCUGUCUACAGAGGUCUAGUUUGUGAUUUAUUUUUUAGUAAAAAAAGAAAAAAAAAAGAAAAAAACCCCGAAUGAACUGACCUAGCUUCUCCCACUCUCCCCUGAGAUGAUUUUCAUCCUGAGGAGCUAUCUAUAGAAACUGCCAACCCAAGAACUUGCAUUUCCAUACAUGCCUCCUGCUCAGGCUUAACCCCCACCACCACCCCAAGGUCCAGGGUAGUUUGCCACUGCCCCACUCCUGACAAAUUUGACUGUUCAUUGCUUUGUUUGCUUUCUGUCUUCAGUUUGCUCUUUCUGCCCCUCUCCCUCCACCCUCCAACCCUGCCUUUAUCCUGACAGAUUUUACCACGCCAAAUUUCACCAGUCUCUGAUGGGAAUGGACUCACCUUUCUUGGGCACUGAUUUUUGGGUAGCUUGGGGGUGGGGAGAAGGAGUUGCCGCUGCCACUGCCACUGUUGCCGCCGCUGCCUGCUAAGCUGGAGCUGAGAACUUGUGACACUCAUCACGCUUUCUCCUCAUCGCCCUUUGGUAUCCCCUCCUCUCUCAGCAGCUUGUCCUGAGACAGAGAGCAGGAGAAGGAGAGACUUUCCUAAGCUGCAGUAGAACACAAAGAUGGCCUCAUUCCGAACACCAAAAACUGUUUCUGUUGUUAUAUUGGAGCAUUAUACCAAGAAAGCUCUGCUGAGAACCAGCAGAACUCAUCACAUGUAAAUACACCUGUCUGGUAGAGUAUCUACAGAGCACACUGAGUAAAGGAAACACCAAGCAGUGCUGGGAAAGCAGAGAAAAGAAAUUAGACCAAUAAAUCUUUCAAGGGGUGUCUCCUUUCCUCCAUGGGAUGGAGUUGAAUGGCACUCUCCUCCACCAAAACACACACACAAACACACACUAGCCUGUUUUGGUACAAAGAAGGAUGUUCCUGCAUUUGGGGGACUCUCCUCUGCCUCCCCCACUCAGCAGAUUUUGUGUUUCCUUCUCACCAGCUUCUGUAUUCUCAAAGCAAAGCCAAAUGUCCUGUUCACCUUGUGGGAUGGUGAAGCCCUUCACUUAGUCUUUUUCUUUUUGUGGAACAGAGAAGGGGCUUUUUGGAAACCUCCACUGGAAGGCCUCUUGCACUCAAAUGCUAUGCAUAGGUCUCUUAUUUGGUUAAUUUGUGAUGCUCACUGAGCUCUUCCUGCAAGAGGUCUGACCCAGUCCUCGCUCUCCAGAACCCUGAGUUCUCCCUUUUCUCCCCAUAAUAAAGCUUUCAAAAAUGUGGGGGGAGAAGCAGCUCCAGAAGGAGGAGAUGACAACUUAGAUCCUUUGCCGUCGACAUGCAGAAAGAUGGCAUUAGAAGAAAUUAAGGCUAUAUUUUAGGUGGGAAUAUAUCUCCUCGUGCAGUCAGGAGAAAAAGGUAUUAAUUAGCUCAAAGGCUUUAGGGUUCACUCACUCACUUUUUCUCCUUUCAAGGCUUAGGAAGAUAAACUGUAGGAUCUUAAAAUAGAGCAGAACAAGUGUUAGGCCCUUUUUUAUUUUAAAGGGGGUGUGUGUGUGAGUGUGAGAGAGAGAGAGUGAAGAUUUUCCUUUCCAUGUCAGUCUGAGAUGCAGAAGCCAGAUGCCAAUGACAGCAGUUUUAAUUUCCAUCACUGCGAGGUGGGGCUUUUGGUGACAGGAUGCUUAAUAUGUCAGGGUAGGUGCAGCCCUGUCAGACAUAAGAGGGCUCUUCUAUCAGUUGGCUCAGAGCGGUAAUUUCCUGGGGCUAGGUCCACCGAGCAUAUUCAGUUCCCAGUGACUUCUCUGGGACAACUCCUAGAAGUGAGAGCCACAGUCUGUCAGACCUAGUUCAGCAGCUUGUCUGUGGGCUCUGCUGCAGCACUCAGUUUGAAGGGCUUGUGCAUUUAAAGUACCUGGAGCAGGGCAAGGUUGGGGGAGGGAAGAGAUAACUGUGCUUGGCUGAAGUACCAAGGGCAGCACCUACAUUCAGCAGAAAACCUGGUAACCAGCCCACCUUUAGACCCUCUCUCUUCCCUCUGGAAAUUCCUUUUAUUUCAGUUUGCCCUGGGACACAAAUAGGCAGAUGUUGUGUUUUUCUUCUUGGCUUUGUGCUUCUACCUGAAGCAGGACAUAAAGCCUCUACUUUUAUACUUAAUGCCAAAUAUAAAUUAUAUGGAGCUAUAAGCAACACUCCAGUAAUGUCUAUGAUGGGCCAUUCCAGCGUAGGGGCAUAGCAGGAAAGUCUGGACAUGGGAGAGGUGAUACAGAAUUAGAAAGUAACCUCCCUUGAGAAACUGCCCCUUACCUAUCGUGGAACAGGCUUUAGGGGUGUUCUCCUGUCCAGUGCUGAGCUCCCAUUGAAGACAACAGGAUUUAAGAGUCCACGUGGCACCAACUUCCUGUGAUGUGCCCUGACUUUUCUGUGAGCAGGAUAUGACAUGCAGACUGGUUACCAAGCCCUCUAGUUUUGUAGCAAGCCCUUCCCUACUAGGUGCACCUACCUAGGCUCUCAUUUGACCUGGGCCUUAGCCUUUUUGGGAAAUCCAUCAGAUGUAGUUUGCCAUUGUGCUGCUAGCUAGCAAUUGCUGCAAUUUUGUUUUUCCUCAUGGCUGAUAUGAAGGUAGCAGUGGCAAUCUCCUUCCUUCUCAAUGGUUCCCCCUCCAUCAGGAAGGAAUGCCAUGUUUUUCUAAAGUGCAUUAAGCCACUGAAGGUUUGUGUGUGUGCAGGUGUUUAAAUAAAUAAAUUAGAUUUUAUUUGACAUUUAACACAAAGGCACGACAAAGAACACCUUAACGUAUUUGAUGAAAUAAUUUUUUAGAUAAAAUAUAGCAAUGCCUAUGAAGUUCCUACAAGAGAGGUUUGCAUUAUGUAUAACAGAUCAGUGAAGCCAUGAAGAUGGAAGACACUUUCAUGAGUUUUCCCCCUUAAUAAUGAAUGAAGGACAGAAGCAAGCUAACAAUAGUGCUAAGAUUUACCCGUACAUGAGUGAAGGAAUGUGAUUGGAAGAGAUAGCUCCAUUUCCCUAACCUGCUUGAGGUUACUUUGGAUCCUGGGAUUUGGUCAGAGAAGCAAAUGUAGCAAUCCUGUAUCGUGCCAUCACCUCUUGUUUACCAGGUGGCUGGAAACAGCUUGUUUUAUACCUGGUUUUCCUUUGGUGAAAGAGGCUACUUUAAAAUCCGCUGUGUAGCUGAGGCCUGGGAAGUGUGGCCAGGGGUCUUCUGCUGAUUGUCCUUUGGGUCUGUCUAGUGGAGUAACAAACACUUUCAAAUAUGUAUGUACACAGUCUGACCUGUUCUAACCUCUGCCCUGUUAUAACCCACCCACUCACAAACACAUGUAUACACAUAGACUCAGUACAGCUAUAAUUCUGAACAUCACCUGAUGGCAGAUAGAGUGUGAGACUCAACAAGUGUUAGUGAAAGCCCUGAUAAACAACAGGAAAAUAAUCUGCCACUUGCAUUAGAAAGACAGCCCAAAGCAAAUCAUCAGCCAUGAGUGAUGGUUAUUUUGGUAGAAGUUUUCAGAUUGUGAGAUCAGGUGAAAGCCUGUUAGGCAAACCAAACUGAACUGGUGACAUUUGUGGUUGCAUUCAGCUCUUUCUGGAUUAAAGGAGCAAUCAAACAAUCAACACUCUACAGGAAUGGUCCAAAACACAAUGAAGAAAAUCCUUGGCUACCAUAAGCUAGAGUACCUCCACUGAACUAUAAGGAGCUAUGCCAAUUCACACCAACCCAGAAGCUGACUGUGCAUAUUUGAUUCUUCUCUCCCUCAGACUUCUGUAAAUCAAAAAUAAUUCUUGCAAAUGUCAUGAGUUAACCCAAUAGAAAACUGGUGUAAAAGAAAGGAGAAUCAGGCUCCUCCCCUACAAGCAGGUCACUCUGGUGUUUUGCCCACUACUGCACAAUUCUGCAGGAUUUUUCAUAAGCAUGCUCAUGAAUCACCAAAAGAAUUCCAACAAUUCCUUGUUACCCACAAGGUAGGUGUGUGUUUGUUCUUCAAGUGGAAUCUCCUUAGGAUUCCACAUCCUCUGAUAGAAAAACACUACCCCAUUUUGCAAUGUCUUAGGGACUCCUGGUCUAUUAUACUCUAAUAUUUUUAGAAGGUUCAACCUAGAAUUUUGUAGUGCUUCUAAAAACAGGAUCCAGCCCCAUAUAGUGGGAGUUGCUCUAUUGCUUGGGAGAAUCUCUGCUUUGACAAUGGGAAUUCAAGUUGGAUUUCUCUGCUGAGUUAGCUUGUGCUAUUCCCUUUAGGCUAUCCCAACCCGCACCCCAGCCCGCUCUACCCCCUGCCCAGGCCCUUCCUGCACAUUUUGCUAGGGGAGGGGCCCGAGGCUUCUGAAGUAUCUCUUGAGAUACAUUUGUAAUUCUUGAUAGGCUGUAGCCCAUUUUUCCUGACUGCUUUUCAACGACCAUGCCUAGGACAACAACUUUGAAGCUACCCUGUUCUCACUCCUUUGCCACUUAUUCACAUCCCAUCUGAAUGUUUCUUUUUUAAGAACAAUCAAACUGUUACCUAUGUGUAGGCUUUUGAGAGCACCUGUCUCUGUCUGUCUGUACCUGUUUCCUGCUGUAAAUAUCAUUGAAGAAAGCUUCCUUUGAGAAAAGUGGUGUGGUCACACCUAGUAAAGAAUCCAAAUGGCUAAUAUUUUGUAACAAAAAUAGAUCAGAAGUAUUUUAUCUGUUCAAUUAAUAGAGUUUUAGAAAUUAUAUUGAGAUAUGUCA